AUGAAUUACAAGCAAGGAGAAAUGGAUUACGCGCCGGAGGAGAUGUCACCUUUCCUCGCAACUCACAAGGAGACCCUUUCGCGGGAGGCUUUAAGCACCUUGCGAGUCAUGGCUUUUCUGGACCCUAAGCACCUUCACCAAGUCCUCUUCGAGCCCCUGAGACAACUGUUUGCGGCCAAAGACGAAGAUCUUGUGUUCAAGUUCCCGAUGACGGCGGCCGCUCACACCGAAGCUUGCGCUGAAUUAGUGGAGGCGUCGCUUAUUCAACGAAAUGAAGAAGACAAGGCACUUACGAUGAGGCCCGAGAUACAAACGAGCGUGCUAGCCGAUACGCACACGAACGGCCUCAUCUCCCCACUUUUCAACGCAAUCGUGAAGACCUUGACCGUACUGUGGCCACAAAUGAUAUUUGUUCCAGACCGCACAGUGAACCAGGAGGAAUUCACAACGGCUACUGCGUCGGGCACUGAUUACGAAAACUACUUGACAAAACGACAUUCUGAAGGUCGAAUGCCGCCUCUCCAGGGAUAUGUACAAUACGCCAGGGUCAAUGUUUGGGGCCAACGUGAUGAGCUUGUCCCUCAUAUAGCCAGACUGGAACACAUCUUCUACCAUUUGAACGAACACAUGAUAAAAGUGUGCGCCACCAUCACAUUUGCACAGCUCCUGGUUGAGGCAUCUUGGUACUACAUGGAACGAUCGAGAUACUAUGACGCCGAGGUAAAGAUACAGGCAGCGCUUGGAGUUCAUGAACUCAUGUGGGGGAAGUCGCGGGCCCAUCAUGCCAGCAUUUACAGAGUGCAUGCCGCAAUCGCUAUUGAGCGUGGAAAACCUGAUGAAGCAGCGCAGUACGUUGAUCGGCAGAUGGAACAGCUCGGACUCCGUUGGACGGUACAAGGAGAGGAGUUGAAGCAAAGCGGGCUUCUUGAUAGAGCUCCUGAUGCAGUUCCUAUUUCUCCAUGGGGUCUUGACGUACCUUCGGGAAAUCUCGUCGUGUUACCAUUCCGCUCGAUUUGCAGUUUCGGUUGGCAUCUCUACUUGAACGCACAAGACGAGAAGGACCCGAAGUACGCGCAGUAUUUGUACGAAGCGGAACUGUGCUUCUCGACGGCUCUGAAGGACAGCAUAAGUGCUCAUGAUCAAAUGGGACAAAUGAACUCACGGCGAGUCCUUUCCACAUCCGACAUCGAGCUUGAUGUCAUAGGAGAGCGCUCAUACGCCCUUGGAAACGUCGCCAACAAGCAAGCCAGUUUCCUCGGCAAGGCCCACCUCAAUGAGAGCUUGGAACACUACGAGAACGCCCUGCGAUACUUCCAAGGUGCCAUUCCCGACAGUUAUUCAUCGGCUGGAAUAGCCAAGACGCACUACAAGCUGGCUAUACAUUUCAUGCGGAGCCAAAACUACGAGCGCGCAACACACCACAUUGAUGAAGCCAUGCAGCUCUACGCCAGCAAUCCGGCUUACAACCCUCACCUCGCUCGACUGAUGUUCCAACGGAGCAGGAUACAGACCCUGACCGGCGACUCGAGUGCGAAAUCGACCCUGCACCGCGCUUUCGCGAUCCGUGGCAGAAUCGGGGCAAACGACGAUCGAUUUGCGGAAGAGCUAUCGGAGGCGGAUUUCGAUGCAUUGGUUGGGAUUUGGGAGCGAUGA